UCAAUCAUCUUUGUCCUGCUGUUCUCAGUGGUUGCUUCUGCAUUGUGGAAACCUUUACUCACUCUCUUUAUUGUUUCUGUCACAGUUUCUCUGAGAUUUGCUAUGUCAGAUCAAAGACUCCUGGACCACUGCACAGCUCACGAUUUGAAACAGAACUUCUGAGGAACUGAAGGUCUCAUAAAGGGAAUCCCUAAGAGAGAGCGUCCCUCUUUGACACCCAACGCCUGACUGCGCAUAAGUGGAGGGGAGCAGAGAGAGGGAGGAGAGAAGAGAAAAACAGCAGGAGGAGGGUGAAAUCUAGCCAGACUAUGUUGAAGAGCCACAGGCUGCACACAUCACAUUGCUCUGGAGCCUGAGAGGAUGAAAGGAGGAAGAUCGAGAUUAUUGCUGCAGAGAUUUCACAGGUGAUGGCAAGUGGAAACUUAUUGAUGUCUUUGGUGUCGAUACUGGGAAGAAGAUAGAGUGAUUUUAAUCUACAGGCACCACAAGGUCUGCUACUGUGGAGGAGUGCUGCGCUUCUAAUCCUUCAGAAAAGAGGUCAUUUUCUUCUGCAUAAACUUACUUUUAAAUACUUUACCUUUUACAACCCACGUCGAUUUAUGUGGGAGGAAGAGAUCUGAGGACUGGAUCGGAUUUGAGACUUUGGGGCUUCAAAGACAUCUUCUGCUGAAAUUUUUCUGAGAAAAACAUGCAUACAUAAACCAGACGCACACUUACUGUUCAACGCAAUCUGGAAUGAUGAACCUCAUAGGAGAAGCAUGUCAGCUGUAGUCUCGUAUGCGGCGUUCUGAGGAAUAAUGACGGGAAGAAAUUCUCUUCUGGCAUAAAAUGAGAAAUUUAUCACAGCCGAUCAUUUCUGACCCACUGUUUCGGAGAGCAUGUGGCUUAUUUCACCUUUCCCUCUCGCUUUUGAAGUCGUGAGACUCCUCUUUGGAAAAUAAGCGCCGGUGGUUGUGCUUACAGACUGAGAGAUCUGAAAUAUUUAAGACUCUGGCUGUUAAAGAUGCAAUUAACGAUUAACGAAUACCGAAGCGUCUGUGAUCAGUAUGCACAGGUUGCCUACAUUCACUCUGAGGACUGUGGGAGUGAGUUAAGGCGAGAGGACUAAUGACUGACAGUGGUACCAGGUUUGCUGUGUGGUACCCUGAAGUGCAUCCUGUGCAUUAGGUUGUUUUCAGCCUUGGGCUGAAUUUAGAAACAGCAAGUUUAGCUCAAUCUUGUUUAGCUCUUUUUUUUUGCCUCCUCAUUAGCUCGUCCUCCCAUCACGCCUCAUUUUGAGGAACAGGUUGCUGUGCUAUUAAGCAGAUUUAGAUUAACUACCGUUUCCAGGACUGCUGUUCCUUUGGGAUGAACAGUUAAGCAACUCAUAUGGGUCUAUAAAAAUUGGUUUGAUUGAACAUUCCACCACCCAUCGUUAUUAAUUUGCUCCUCAUAAUCAACAUGGCCCCACCACCCCCUUCCAACAAGCCACACGUUUGCCUUUCGUGUGUUCUUAUCAUGAGUAGCAUGGCGCUGUUGGACGCCUAUCUUGUGGAGCAGAAUCAAGGUCCACGGAAGGUGGGCGUCUGCAUCAUGGUGAUGGUUGGCGACGUUUGCUUCCUCAUCGUGCUGCGGUACAUCGCAGUAUGGGUUGGUGCCGAGGUACGAACUGCUAAACGCGGCUACGCCAUGAUCCUCUGGUUCUUCUACGUCUUUGUGCUCGAGAUCAAGGUCUACUUCGUCUACCAGAACUACAAGGCGGAAGGCGAGAAAGCGGAAGCUCUUACCUGCAAGGCUUUCACGGUGCUGCUUUCCGUGUUUGUGCCGGGACUUUAUGUUACGCUGGCAGCCAUCGACCACAUGGAAUACGUUCGGCCACUCAAGAAGAGGGAAGAGCUGAGGAGUCGACUGUUCUGGGUUGUGGUUGAUCUUCUUGACAUCUUGGACAUUCAGGCCAGCCUAUGGGAGCCUCAAAGAAAAGGGCUCCCCCUGUGGGUGGAGGGCCUUACUUUUUUCUACUGCUACAUACUACUUCUGAUACUGCCGUGUGUGUCGCUAAGCGAAAUAAGCAUGCAAGGUGUAAACAUUGUGCCACACAAGAUGUUGUUGUAUCCCAUUCUCAGUUUGGUCGCCAUCAACAUUAUUACGAUUUUUAUACGGGGUGGGAAUAUGGUGUUUUAUAGGGACGUCCGUGUGUCUGGAAUACUCAUUGGUAAGAACAUCCUCGCCAUUGUCUUGAAGACGUGCAGUUUCGUGCAGUACCGGAGACACCUGCAGGAGGCGCCGACACCUGCUCUCCCUCCGGAACUACAGAGGGACGCAGUGCCACAAAGUUCUCGAAGGGCAGUACCAGUUGCAAUGCCAAUGUCUGUCACCAUGCCAACUCCGCAGGUAGUCAUACAAGAUCUCACCACACUUCCAGAAGAGCCCGAACUUGAGGAAACAUGACAAAAGGCAGAAUUACAAGAGUUUGCACUGAGGAUAUUUGGACAACGCACAACAUGAACUGCUUUGAGAUUUUUGUUCUAAUGUUAAUCCGGGUGUACACUGUAUGAUUUUUACUGUACUUUCCCAUUGUUUCUUAUCACGUUGUAUGACAUGAUAUUAAUGAGACUGUGCAGCCCAUACCACAGACAUUUAGCUAGACUUUGGUCGAAAUUGACUGCAUUGACUAGGCAUCUUGAGUCGCCACACUGUAAAAACGAAUUCUUAAUCAUUAUUUUCAUCUUGUUUUCCAGUAGAAAUGUCUAAACAUCCUUAAAAGAAGAUAACUUUACACUUAAUGAAAAUUGUGUGGGCUAAUAAGAAUAUUUACAUUUAGAAUAUUUAUCUUACCACAUUGGUAAAUAACUUUUUCUUGUUUGGAACACAAUAAAAAAAAAAGAUUUAUGUGUUGUUUCACUGAAAGAUAAGAAAACAAUACUGAUUAAGAAAAAAAAUCAAUGCAUUCCACAUUUCAGUUCACAUUUUCACAUUCAGAGCCAAUUUUUGCCUUGAAAAUAAAAAAGACUGUGCGAGUCCCUGGCAACAAAAAAGUGGCAAAUAUCAUAAAGUGUGCACCCAAUUUUAGUGAGAUAAUGUGUUAUAAGUUGUUGCUGAAGUGACAAAUGUUUGUGAAAUGAUGAAGCAUGGCAGCUGUGGAUCUGGGGUCCAUUCAUUUCCAGAAAGGUCUUUAAAUCUGGAAUGUAGAAGUUUAUACUGAAAGUCAUUUAUUAACAAGUCACACAAAUCACACUUGAAGGAACUCUCAGUGACCCUAUGAUUGUAAAAUUACAGACAGCUGCGAAUACAUAAUCUAUUUUCAUUUUUUUCUGGUAGGAUGUUAAAAAUGUGUUAAAUCAUCAUGUUCUGUAUUAUUUUUGUAGUAAUUUAAUAACUAUGGUGAAAAGUUGUGUUUUGGAAGAACUCAUACAACAAUUCAUUUCUCUUAACUCAUUACAAAGUGAAUGUUUUAUAUUUAAUGGAAUUAUUCUUCAUAUAUCAUUUGUUUUGAUGUUUUAUGAGAAUCAAAUGAAUGAUAUUUUGUUAUUAAAACAAUGUUUUUGUUGA